AUCAGUACUACACCGGCUACAGCUAUUACUGCUUUUAUUAUUAUUGUCUCACAAAAAAGAUUCAGAAGCUAGAUACAAGUGAGCCAGACACCACGCACGAAAUCACAAGCGUUAUAGCACAAGGAAUCGCGAUCUAGCCAGACCUAUGACGAUUGAAACCUUUUGUUGGUACAUUGGCGGGAUGACGUGUAAAAUAAUCAAGAGUAGAUGAUUUUAAGUGCGAACUGCAUUACACAUCUGAAAAACGGAGCGGUCCCUUUAUACUGACCAGUUUGUGCCUCAGAAGAACCCAAAAAGACUUUCUUAAGUUUUACUUCGUUCUCCAAAACGAGGCUAACAAUAUUUGAACUCUUUGGUGGUGAUAACGCUACAUUUUUUUGUGGUGGGUAAAUUGCCGCUGUAUGUAAUAGUUCGUUUGGAAAUUUGUGAUAGGAAUAGUGAUCAUACCUCAGUGAUAUGAGGUACAGCUGUUAUUUGGAGAAGAAGUGUAUUUCGUUUAGAAAGUGAAAACGCGGUUUAUACACCCACGGAGCGAAAAUAUAUAAGAGGUGGAAAAUCUAUUGUGCGUGCUUAGCAGAGACAGCUUAAUGUUGAGGGUAAACAAAAGUUGACUUCAUGCGACCUGAAAAUCGUGCGGUCGGCGGAAACCUAUUAAUUCGAUCUGGCAUAUUGUGGUACAGGUGUUAGUGCGACUAUAGGUGUAGGCCCCGGUCGGUGAUUCGGAAGCGAGCUCAACGGAAGUAGCGCCGUCGGAGGAUGCAGAGAUGGUGCUAGCAUUCACCUCCACUAACUGCAGCGCAGAGUUCUUUCUUCGCGCACGAGAAGAAGACUCAGACUCACUACAUCACGAAGAGAACAGCAAUACCUGUCUCCACAAUAAUAAUAACCGUAAUCACUGUAACAGUCAACAUCAACGUCUUAAAGAAGAGCGAGAGAGUUCUUGUGCUUCACCUUCUACGGGUUCGUACUCGAUAGCCUCAUCACCGGAUUCCGGUGGUUCCGGAUCACUAUCAGGCCCCUUGUCAUCAGUCCGAUACUCGGCUAUGAAAGAAAAAUCGAAAAAUGCCGCGCGCACGCGCCGCGAAAAGGAAAAUUUUGAAUUUGUGGAACUUGGAAAACUACUUCCUCUCCCGCAGGCCAUUACUUCCCAGCUGGACAAAGCCUCAAUUAUACGCCUUACUACGUCUUACUUGAAAAUGCGUGCUGUUUUUCCAAACGGUCUGGGUAGUCAAUGGGGAUCGGAGGUCAGUCGCAAUGAAAGAGCUGAUAUUGCUGGCGGAAUGAGGGAACUCGGACAGCAUCUUCUUCAAACGCUUGAAGGUUUUGUCUUCGUUUUGGAUAGGGAUGCCAAGAUCAUGUACAUCUCGGAGACAGCCAGCGUGCUGCUAGGUCUCUCACAGGUGGAGCUUACAGGGAAUAGCUUAUUAGAUUACGUUCAUCCAAAUGACCAUGAAGAAAUGCAAGCUGUAUUAACUCAGCUCCCUGAAGGACUACAACAACAACGUGCGCGAGGCGAAAUUGAGAUUGCGCGUUCAUUUUUCAUAAGGAUGAAAUGUGUACUUGCUAAAAGGAACGCCGGACUUACUACUGCCGGAUACAAAGUGUUACAUUUUAGUGGCUACUUGAAGCUCAAACAGUAUUCUCUAGAAAAUGCACCUUAUGAAAGCUGUUUUCAAAAUCUUGGCUUGGUCGCUGUGGGACACUCUCUUCCACCCUCAUCGGCAACCGAAAUAAAGAUGCAUAUGAAUAUGUUCAUGUUUCGCGCGCAACUUGACCUGAAAAUGAUCUUCCUUGAUUCGCGAGUAGGUGCUCUCACGGGCUAUGAGCCUCAAGAACUUAUUGAAAAAACAUUGUAUAACUUCGUACAUGUAGCUGAUGUCAUGCAUCUUCGAGUUGCGCAUCAUCAACUACUACUGAAGGGCCAGGUGACAACAAAGUAUUACAGGUUGCUAUGUAAAAGCGGCGGCUUUGUUUGGGUACAAAGCUAUGCCACAAUUGUACACAAUAGUAGAUCAUCCCGACCGCAUUGUGUUGUUAGCGUCAACUACGUUCUUACUGACGUCUAUGAACGAGGAGUGCAGAUGGAAAUUCAUCAGUGCUCACGAACAAAGGAUGAUAACAGCCAACAACAUGGCGCUCCGAUUCAGUCAGGUGGAGCUUUAAGUUCGGGAAACCUAAAUGGCAACUCAUACGAGGACUACACUCCGUGCAGUCCUAGUACACCUAGGUCAGGGUCAGGGUCUGGUGUAGGCGGAGCUUCAGUUGGAAAUCGAUCAGAUUCAACGCGAUCAGGCGGGGGCGCAGGUGGAGGACUGACUGGCAGAAAACGAAAACGGCGCGCAGUCUCACCGAACUUCGAUGAACCAGUAGACGACGAGGCAGCAUCCUCACACAAUAACAAUAAUAAUAACAUUAUGGCCGUCCUGCCUAGCGAAUAUACUGUGUCACCUGCACCUGCUCAACACGACGUCGCCAGCUCAAGAGUAUCCCCAACGCCAUUUGAUCCGUCAGGACAGAAUCCCUGGUACUACUCUACAGAGCAACUAGUAGAUCGUAACUGGAACAUCACUAACAAUAAUAACAAUCCCCCGCCAGGGAGUUGUUAUAACUAUCUACCUUCGAGCAAGUAUCCAUCGCCCAGCUUCCCUGCACUUCCAGCUAAUGCUAGCAAUCCCUUAGAUUGCCUUCCACCGUACUACAAUCAUCCACAAUUCUAUCCAGACACGCAGCAUUCAGUGCUACAGCCGUCACUGGUGCCAGUAGGUGAUCAGUUAUACGCAGUUUCAGGACAUACGCAACCUUCACAACUUCAAGGAAAUCUUCAACAACAGCCAAGACCAUACAGUAGCAACUCCGAUUCAACGACGCAGUCGUCAUGUGACAGUAAUGUUGGCUACCAGCCAUUAGGAACGGUGUAUCCUGUAUAUGGUUCCCCGCGCCGGGGAUCCCCUACGAUCGCCCAGGGCCCACAAAACUUAGAAGUAGCAGAGUACAGAUUAAUGCAGCGCGUGGUUUCUGGCGAAUACAGAGACUUUUAUGAUUCGCAAUCUUCAGUUGGAUAUGUUCAAGUGGCGCAGGCUGCAGAGUAUCCUGGGGACGGAGUGGCCCACGAGCCAACUGACGACUCGCAAGUAUUUAACCAUAGCGAUCAGACCCAUUUGAGCCAUCACCAAAAUAAUAACAGCCAUAGUCACAGUCAUAUAUCAACAUCAGGGGACCAGCAGCAGCAACAGCAGCAGCAGCAGCAAACACAACACACACAGCCGCAUAGCCAUUUUCAUCCAACGAACAACGGCGAUUUUACUUCGCAACAUCACCAUCGUUGACCCGCGAAAAACAUGUAAUAUGCAAAAAUAUGUAUUACAAAAUAUCCUUCUAUUUUGAGACUAAGCUAACUAGAUAUGUCAAUCCUUCAUCAGAGCGACCGGAAAGUAUGGUGACUCUAAAAGCUUGAAAUAAAGCUCCUGUCUAAAAUGAUAUGCGGGCUUAAAACUUGAAAAAAAAAUAUUCGUAUAAACCUUCCAUCCAACCUGUCGAAAGGAGCUGUACUGUAAACAUACACUAAGCCAACGGUAUCAAGUGAAUGGCAAACAUCUUUGUCUGGUAAAGUAUGUUGAUUAAGCUGCUCUGCAUUCCCGAUUAUGUGGUAUUAACAACUUAUUCGUUCUCGCUCGAUUACUUUGUGUACAGCACUUUCCAAAUCGCACUUGAGUCGGGGCACCAAAAUACAUGUUUAGGCAAUAAUAUUGUACAAGAUAUUUAAGUACUUAUUCCAAAUCCAACGUUUAAUUACAUCUCGUUAAUUUAUUUAUUUCUUGUCAAUCUAUUGAGCAUAUUAUAGAUUCUUUUAAACUAGAUUAUUUUACGAGAUGCCUUGCUUCAAAAUUAGUUGAUGCAAUAUUAGAUAUAUGUUUCUAUGUACUUUUAUUAUUGGUUCCAUAGAAGGCAUUUCAUGCUUGUAUUGAGCCCCUACUCAGACAAGUCCUUGAGGCAACGGUGGUAAAUAGAGUUAUCAACCCCGUCUUAAAGGUCUUUAGGGUCUUAUUAUGUAAAUACUAGUAAAAGGUCUGACUAUAUACACUUGAGUGUACACACACCAAAGAUACGAAUCUAUUCAGACCUCAUAAUUAAUGAAUCUCAAAUGAAAGACCGCAACCGUCUUUAGGCGACCCAAAAAGCCAGCGAGGUUUAAAAGUAAUAACAAUAGACAUAGUUAGUGUAUGAUUUAUAGCGUGGACACACAUGUGCUACCACAUCCAUCUGGUGAAAGCGGUUAAUUGAUGCUUGAUCAAACAGGUACGUAGAAAUAUAUACAAAUAAAUCAAGUGGACUGCUGGACUUGUAAAUAGAUAGUGUGAUCAUGAUAACAACAAUAACAAAGCGUUGGAAAUGAAUCACGUUCUUGCGCAGAAAAAAUAACAAAAGGAAGCAUCCAGGCUACAAAUAAUAUUAAUUAUUAUUACUACAGUAUAAUGACAGUAUUAUAGAUGACAAAGAAAAUGAUGGAAACAAUACUUACGAUCAUGCCAAGUGAUAUUUAUUACAAUUCUUAAAAAUCGAUAAACAAAGCUGCGUAGGCCGUACAUUAUAUUAGUGAGUCAAACGGCAAACUAAAAAAAUAAAGGCAUUUUCUCUAAAAUAUUGAUUGAAACACUCGCUAAUAGGUAUACAAAACCCAACUAAAAAAAGUAGCAUCCAAGUCGCAGACUAUUUUCAGUGCGAUACGAUCUGUAAGUAUCGGUAUAUAUACGGUUUGAGGGGCAAUUUCCUGGUACCAAUACAAGAAUUUGCUUUCCUAGUCUAACAAUAGGUUUUCACUUAGAGUAAAAGCCACCGAUAUGCUCUCGUUACUUUUUUAAGGUAGAAAUACAUUUCCUGUGAAAUACGGUUUUUUUUCAUUGGAACUUCUUUUUCCUUGGUAACUACAUCAACUGAAAACUAUUGACUUCCAGCGAAUGUUUUGUUCUGUCGCUAUCUGUACAGUAACUGUAGAACGGAAGGAGGACUGUUUUAGUUUCUGAAUAUG